UAUACAACUUUGUUAAACAAUUUUGGCAUAGUGAAGCAGACGAAGCGUUACUAGCCACCCAAAUCCUAAGAGAAUGUCGCUGUUUUCUCUGACCUCCUCCUAUUUCUCAACUUCACCACUUCCGGAUUUUCCUGCGAAGGUUAACAACUUUCCAUUCCCAACCACUUCAGCUCCGGUUUCUACUCUCAACUUCUCCCCAUUUUCUAAGAGAUUGUUGGGAAAUGGGAUUUGGGUUUCUCAGAGAAACAAAUUUCAUGCAAAAUCUACUGACGCAGAACCCAAUACCAGCGAGCCAUCCACCCAAUCUUCCCUGGGAAAUGUUACAGUUUCCAGUAGUGGUGGCAACUCAUCGACCAGUUUUUUGUCCAUUCUUUGUCCCCUGCUCAAGCUCUUCUCUGGAGGAGAUCCUUCUCGAGAACGGAAUUAUAGUUUGGAGGUCGCAACAUCUUUAAUGUCCACCUUGGCAAGACUUCCAUGGGGAUCAAAUGCACUAUCCGAGAGUUCGCACAGCCAAGAGAUCCCCACUUUAGAUCCUCCUAUGAAUUUGCAACUCUUUGAAUUUGAGGCAUGCCCCUUUUGCCGGAGGGUUCGAGAGGCCAUGACUGAGCUAGAUCUUUCUGUAGAGGUCUAUCCCUGUCCAAAAGGCUCUGUUAGACAUAGAGAGAUGGUUAGAACAUCCGGUGGCAAAGAGCAGUAUGUAAUUCUUUCUGCCAGGUUUCCUUUCCUCAUUGAUGUGAAUACUGGUAUUUCAUUGUAUGAAAGUGGUGACAUUGUGAAUUACCUUUUUCAGCAAUAUGGUAAAGGGAGAAGCCUGUCGACAGGACUUUUGGAAAGCACAUUUUUCACAGGAUGGAUGCCAACAAUUCUCAGAGCAGGUAGAGGAAUGACAUUGUGGGAAAAGGCCAGACAAGACCCACCACCCAAAAAGUUGGAACUUUUCUCAUAUGAAAACAAUCCGUAUGCACGAAUUGUGCGUGAGGCACUGUGUGAGUUGGAGCUUCCUUACAUCCUCCAUAAUGUUGGAGAAGGUUCUCGGCGGGCACAGAUACUUCUUGAUGUAUCUGGAUCCAAAGAGGUUCCUUACUUUAUUGAUCCUAACACUGGUGCUCGAUUUGGUGACUACAAGAAGAUCUUGUCUUAUUUGUUCCAAACAUAUUCAGCAGCCACUGUGUAGUUCCAACUUCUGUUGCUAAAUUCUGUGUAUAGCUUUCUUUGUUUGUUUGGGGUAUGCCCGUCCCUGUAUUCUUUUUUUCAGGGUAAUGUAUUAAUUCUUCCCCCAAAAAUAAAAAUAAAAAAGGAAAAGAAAAUUUAUC